AAGUGAUAAUCAAAACUUAAAACGGAGAAGAGAUGAAUGUCCUCAAUUUGAUUUGAAACUUUUUUUUUUAAACAAAUCUGUUCAAGUGUUUUUCGAUGGAAUGAAACCAAUUGAUUUAAAUUCACAAUUAGAAAAUAUCACCGGUGCUAAAGAAAUAACUAUUAUUAGCCAUGAGGGGCUAAAAAUUGACCAAUUAGCUGCGAACUUUGACCAGUCUGAACAAAACAGAAUGGUUGUAUCGUCGGAUGAAGUCAGAGGAACCACUGCAGCCUCAUUACACAUGGAAACCUUUAUCACCAGCACAGCCUUCAAUAUUGAAGCUUCAGAUAAUUUAGGGCAUUUAAAAGUCGGGAGUAGUGAAUUUUAUACGGGAAACUUUGAGACAACGGAUGGCAAUGAAAUUGCCAGAACAGCAACAACAACUGAUUUGCAGCCUCGUUUCGAUGGCUCCGAGAGUAGUGAGAAUAAUUGUAUGUGUCCGGAAGUCUUUCCGAUUCGAUGCAAAACCACCAAUGCAGAACUGCAUCGCAAUAAGUUGGGUUCGGGUGCCCGUGGCGAGUGUAUAAAAUACAAAGAGAAAUGGUUCACUCCGAGCGAAUUUGAAAUUUUCUGUGGGCGCGGAUCGAGCAAGGAUUGGAAGCGAUCCAUCAAGUACGGUGGAAGGAGUCUACAGUCGUUGAUUGACGACGGGCUUCUGAGGCCGCAUGCAACAAAUUGCAGCUGCAAUGUUUGUUCUGACGAUAUAAAUGGCGGAUCAGGUCCCGUCAGACUAUUCACUCCUUACAAACGAAGAAAAAGGAACCGGGAAAGUCAAAGAAACGAAAUGUUUCAAAAUAAAACAACCAAAAUAAUGCCCAAACAGAAUGACCAUAAUUGUGUAACAUUUUCACCAAGUGAAGCAUCAUGCAAUGCUCUUACAAAUCCAGACGUAUUUCUAGACCCAACAAAUCAAAAUACAUUAGGUCUUCAUUUCCAUCACCAAAUGCUGAACAAUUUAGAAAAUGUCUGUUCAACUAUGACCAAAGCAACAAACGAUUUCAAACGGAUAAUAGCAGAAAUGCAAAGCGCAUAUGAUAAAACAAUUGAUCUACUUAGUAAACAGAAAAACCUUCUGCAAUCGAAUUCCAAACCAUCAGAUGCUUCGAUGGUAGAGCAACAAAAUGUCUCAGGGUCCUUAUUAAGCAAUGAUUUACUUUCAACGAAAAAGUGUGCAAAUUGUAACCGGGAAGCCCUUGCUGAAUGUUCUUUGUGUCGAAAAACUCCAUAUUGCUCGAUAUUUUGUCAGAAAAAGGAUUGGAAUUCACAUCAAGUUGAAUGCGGUCGGGGUCCAAUGCAAACAGCCGACCAGAUUAUGUUGCUUGUGGACGAGCAAGUGUAAUGCAACAAAAUUAAAAGAGUGCACCUUACACCAACAUCAUACCCAUAAUAAAAUAUUAGUUUAAUCAUUUUUAUUUAGUUAUAGUAACCAUUUGAGUAAGACAGUCUUUUUCUGUUUUUCUUCUUUUUCUUUUCUAAUAAAUAUAGAAUACAUCGUUAUAAGUUGUUGUUAUGAUGUUAUUAUUUUUGUGGUUUUUUUCAAAAUCCUUCAUAGCAAUUAAAAAAUAAAUUAAAAUUGAUAAAGAAAAACCAACCAACAGAGAAUAUGAUGAAAAAUUAUCGAUUUAUUUUAAGAUAUUUUAUUGGACAAGAAACAAAAAAUUAUAAAAUAAAUACAAUUUAUACUUUAAAUGCAAAAAUAAAUUUAUUUA